AAAAAAUGGCGGUACAAAAUUUGGGAGCCCGCGUUUUAGUAAACCUCUACACACUUCUGACCAUCCUGUUACCGUCUUCCUCUUCUUCUUCUAAUCAAUUUUCUAAAACCUAGUUGAAAAAAUUGGUAAAGACCAAACCUUGAACACCACCACCUCUUUCCAACGCAACCUCCUACAAGAGCCUCAACGAAUGGAAGGAGCCUCUCAGUCGCCGAAAGAGCGAAGUCGGAGACCGAGUGAUAACGGUCGUGCGAUGAUGAGGUGCUCCGACCAUUCUAGUUACGGAGGCUCUCCGACCAUUCCAGUGACCCAGUGAUAAUGGUCACCAGAAUCGCCGACUCAGUCGAGGAUGCUCUAUUAACUCGCUCAGGACCGAAUUCGUCUCUAGGCUUCCCGACAAGGUCCGUUCUGGUCUUGACGUUGAGUCCAGUCCCUACGAUAUCGACCUAACUCGGACCAGUGGCUUGAGUGGAGGUUUGUUUCAACUUCAAUUAAAGAAAACUCUAUUUUGUUACUGAGAAAAUGCGCUCAAGGUAUAUGUCAGAGGAGGUUUGUUUGAAAAUUCUAGAGAAUUGUUAGCUAAACUGCAAGCUAAGGGCUACGCCGAAGAUGAGGUAAACUUGUACAGUUGUACUGUUACAACUAUCAUUUAGUUUCAUAGUCCUAGGUUUUCUAGUUUGUAAUUACUAUGAGAUUUUCUCUUUGAGAGCAUUUGUUUAACCUCAAAUGUGUUGGAUUUAAGUUGCAUCAUCGUUAAAGUUCAGUGUGGACGCCAAUCCGCCACCGCACUCCAAACCCAUACCCACGGUGGCGCCACUGUAGCAAAGGAGAGUGAAGCACAUAUCCAAAAAUGGAGGUAUCGAUACUUGGUGCUAGAAUAUAACAUAUCAUGCCUUGCUCCUUCCCAUUACCAUAUUCCUUCUCUCCUUCCAACUCAACUACACCAAAUAAUUCUUAUCUCAUUUAUGCUAAAGCUUCACCAACAACGACAACAACUUUUGUUAAAGGAGAAAACAUAGAACAACCUAACAAUGGCGAAGUGAAACGUAACAGGACUCUUUCAAAAUCUUACUCAGCCAAAAAGUCUGCUAUUCUUGAAAUUCAACUAUCCCCUGAUUUGGAUUCUACUCUUACAAGCUAUGGAAAUAUUUUAAAAGUUCAGGACUUGAAUGCAAUAUUACAUCAUUUUGGAAUGCGAAAGAGAUGGCACAAGCUUUCCCAGAUUUGUCCUGCAUCAUAUAACAACUAUAUAAAGUUCACGGGAGAGACUCACAAUCCUAUGGGUGCACUAGAAGUUUGUAAUAGCAUUCAGGAUGAAUCAACCAAAAAGAAUAUCGUCAUCUGCAAUUCUGUUCUUGGGAGUUUGGUUAGGAAUGGAAAGUUUGAUCAUAGCAUUAAGUUUUUUGGUCAGAUGAAGCAGGAUGGUUUAAUACCAGAUGUUGUUCCAUAUAGUAUAUUACUUUUAGGUUGUAUCAAAGCUAAACAAGGCUAUCCAAUAGCAAUGGAACUUGUUCAGGAGUUGCAGCAAAAUGAUGUGCAAAUGGACAAUGUAAUUUAUGGGACUCUUCUGGCCAUAUGUGCUUCACAUAAUAAAUUGAGUGAAGCAGAAAGCUAUUUUAACUGGAUGAAAGAAGAAGGCCAUUCGCCAAACAUUUUUCAUUAUAGCUCUUUGCUCAAUGCAUACUCUAUAUGUGGAGACUAUAAAAAGGCCGACAUUUUGAUUCAAGAUAUGGAGUCGACUGGGUUACCUCCAAACAAGGUGAUAUUAACAACUUUACUCAAGGUAUAUGUCAGAGGAGGUUUGUUUGAAAAGUCUAGAGAAUUGUUAGCUGAACUGCAAACUAAGGGCUACGCCGAAGAUGAGAUGCCAUACUGUUUAUUGAUGAAUGCACUUGCUAAGACUUUCUGAUUAGCAUGAUUAGUGAUACUGUAGUGUACUGUGCAUGAUUAGCAUGCUAUGAGACUAUAUUAUAUUUUAUGUACUUGUAUAAAUGUAUAUAUUUCCAUGCUUAAGACAACCAUGUCAAUCCUUUAGGCUUUCUUCAAGCGUUUGGAUUUGUGCUUAUCUCAUUAUUAGUUUUUAUUUCUUUCAAAUUUGUGAUUAGUUUCUGAUGGGUGCAUUGUGUAACUAUCAGAUUUUGCUUAAUUUUAUUUUCUGAUGGAAUUUACAAUUGCUGAUAAAUUUUUGGGACCAAGGACUAGUUCUUUCGUUAAUCUUUGAAGAUGCUUUAUUUUCCAUCUUUUAUAUUCAAUGUGACAGUAUACACACACACACAUGCAUCACAUAGUUUUGACUAGUGGCCAUCAUUUUAAUCAGUUUCUUCAUUUAUCCUUGUUCACUUCAUGAAGACCUUAAAAUAAUAAUACAAACAGAUAAGUAUUUAUCUUAGUUUUCCAUAUGGAUUCAUGGGUUAUUAUUUUUUUGUUAUAACUGUGUUGGAAGUAAAAUCAUUUGGAUUACAUGUUUGCAUUUGGUUAUGUUGUUGCUGUCAUUGGCCUAUGCUCCAUCAUAAUUAGUGGAAUCUUGUCAUUUUUUGCUUAUUAUUUUUUUUUCAUUUGCUUAAAGUAAUUUUCUACACCAAUUGCCAAUUUUUUGUUUGAAUUCUCCCCUUUUCAUUGUAUAUAUAGUCCAAAUCCAAUAAAUCUAUAAAUUGGACUUACUACUGAUAUAUGCCCUUACCAUUGUUAUUUACAUGAAUUCUAGUUUUACUCCAGUCAUUGGUUCAUAAACGAGAAAUUAAUUCCACAAAUCUAUGUUGACCAGUAGUUUGGUUUAGAGAAAAGUUUUGCAUUUAAUCAACUAGACUAUGUUUUUACUUGUUCUGGUUCAUCAACUUGGCUAAUGGCAUAUCCACUAAUUAAAUAUCUAUGAGCUGAGUACUCAAGUCUCAGAGCAUCUUAUUAAUUUAAGUAUUACUAGUAAAUAGUUGUUUAAAUAUGAUUUCAAUUUGGCUGGUGCCUUGUUACUUAAUGAAAUUCUUUGAUGAUAUUUCUUAUGAAGAGUCUAAACAUGUGCUCUAACUAUCUUUGGUAGACAAUGCUCUAUUGAGGUUAGGUUUCUUCAUUCAUGUUUUGUCUAGUGCAACUUAAGCAGUUUAUUCAUUUUAGGCUUGUUGUUCAGAAACUUUAACCCAAGGAUCCUGCACUAGCAAUUAAAAUCAUUGAAGAGAAACCAUUCGUUUGAGCAGCUUUUAUUUACACUUUAAUUGUAAACAUGUUUAAUUUAUUAAGUAUGUUUGACCGUGGUUAUUGUAAUCCUAGUGAUGACUAAGUGAUUAUAAUGCAUUUAUAUAGUAAAUACAAGAGGUGCACAAGAAAGCAAGGUAAUCCUAGUGAUGACUAAGCUUCGACUCUGCUGUAUGAACUUACUUGUGUCAAUAUGAUCUUCUGCUUUAGUGGUAGCUAUGAUUAUGGCAGUGAAAACAUUUGAUAACUACUGAAUUUAAAUUGGAUUUUUUUUUGUCAAUAAUAGAUACUUGUGACAGACUUUGAAUUCUUUAGUUUGGACUAUUAGAAACUGGUGUAAUGCUAUGAAUGUAUGGCCUGCCCUUAUUGUUGAGACAAGCAAUGCUUUCAGGGCUUUAUACAGGGCAUUCUAACAUCAUCUGAACAGGCUGAUAUGACCAUGUUAGAAGACAAACUACCAACAAAAAGAUGACUUUCAUCAGCCCUUGUCAAGGUAUAUUGAGAUGAUUUCUUUGGAGCAAUUCUUGACAACAUUUGUAGUUGAGGCCUUUAGAAUGGAAGAAUGUAUUUCACUAAUUUUUGUAUACAUUUCUUGUUUUGUAUUUAGUGAUAAAGGAAUUUGAAUUGGGCAUAAAUUAUGUUGUAAUAUGAUUUCUUAAGCCUAGACUAGUAGACUAAAUAUUUUAAUUACAUUUGAGUAAUUAAUAAAAAUCUAUUUAUGUUA